CCUUUCUGCUAUUGCUGGGAGUGUAGAAAAUGCCCUAUGCUGAGAUCACCGUAAAUUUGGGCAAAGUGACUUUAGGAGAAGAGAACAGGAAGAAGAUGACCAAUAGUUGCUUGAAAAGACACGAGAACUCCAGUAUCAUCCAGGCUGUCUGUGCACUGCUGAAUUCUGGAGGAGGUGUGAUCAAAGCAGAGAUCGAUGACAAAAACUAUAGUUACCGAUGCCACGGCCUGGGGCAGGAUUUGGAAACUUCGUUUCAAAAGCUCCUUCCAUCAGGUUCACAGAAGUACCUUGACUGUAUGCAACAGAACCACAACCUGCUGAUUUUUGUAAAGUCAUGGAGCCCGGAUGCCUCCAGCCUUGCACUGAAGAUUUGCAGCUUACGCUCCAACUUAUAUCAGAGAGAUGUGACAUUUGCCAUCAACCUGAGUGCCAGCAGUGCCCUGGAGCUUCUCAAAGAGAAAGAGUCUAGAGCCCAAAGAGGUGCCCCCAGAGUGCAUUCUCAGGAAUGCACCCUCAACAGAUCUAUUCAGGAAGAAGAAGAUAUUAAGGUGUGUGCCUCAGAAUUUUUUAAGAAAGAUAAACUCAUUUAUAAGGAGAAGCUUAACUUCACAGAGUCAACACACGUCGAGUUUAAAAGGUUCACCACCAAAAAGAUUGUCCCUCGGAUUAAAGAGACACUGGCUCAUUAUGUUUCUGCAUUUGCCAACACUCAAGGGGGAUACAUAAUUAUUGGGGUUGAUGAUAAGAGCAAAGAAGUGUUUGGAUGUAAGAAAGAAAAAAUGAACCCUGAAUCACUGAAAACAGAAAUAAAAAGCUGCAUAGAAAAGUUGCCCACAUACCACUUCUGUCUCGAAAAGCCCAGGGUGAAUUUCAAGACCAAAAUUUUGAAGGUUUACCAAAAGGAAGCCCUGUAUGGCUAUGUCUGUGUGGUUCGAGUAGAGCCCUUCUGCUGUGCCGUGUUUGCCGAGGACCCGGAUUCCUGGAUCAUGAAGGACAAUGUUGUCAAAAGGCUGGGGGCUCAACAGUGGGUGGACAUGAUGCUGGAUAUUCAGCCAGAUCCUUCCAGUUUGCCCGGCACCAAUUCCAGUGCUCACUCGAUUUCAUCAGCUUCACCUGCGCGAAGAAGGCCAGUGCCAGCGUAUCUCACAAAAGCCCUGGAAUAUAAGGAGGCCCUGCAGCGCCAUUUGUUUCCAGUGACACAGGCAAACCUACAAUUUCAGCCAGAAUCCCUCUGUAAGAAGCUGUUCUCAGAUCAUCAAGGACUGGAGGACUUACUGAAGGCACAGACAUAUCCUUGUUCUCAUGGGAUUGUGAUAGUUUCUAGAAGCUGGGCUAGUGACAUUGGUUUAACAAAAGAGCAGAACGUCCUGUGUGAUGCUCUCCUGGUAGCAGUCAACAGCCCUCUGGUACUCUACACAAUCUUAACAGACCCGAGUUGGAAUGGAGGAUCUGACUAUAUGUACAACACCGCCCUUCAGUUAAAGCAGCAGCUCCAGACUCUUGGCGGCUACUCAGGGAAAGUGUGUGUCAUUCCAAGGCAGAUAGACCUGACCAGCAGAGGGCCCAGACCUGAUGAGUCCCCAGUGUACUACCCCAGAUCCUACACACUGUGUAGUAAAACAGAAGUGGAGAAUGUGCUACAAGCCCUUGUAGUGGUCUCACUGUGCUCCAGGUCGGUGCUGAGUGACAAGCUGGGCUCUGAGUUUUUCAAGCAGCGUAUAGAAGACCAAUGCAACUCACUCUCCAAGAGCCUCCAGGAAACCCGGGAAUUGUUCAUCCAUUGCUUUCCGGGAAUCAGGAAGACAGCUCUAGCCAUAAAGAUCACAGAGAAAAUCAAGGAUUCAUUCCACUGCAAACCAAAAGAGAUCCUCUAUGUUUGUGAAAAUGACUCCCUCAGGGAUUUUGUGAUCCAACAAGUCACUUGCCAAGUUGUGACCCAGAGGACCUUCAUGAGAGAAGAGUUCCCAAAGAUUAAACAUAUAGUGAUGGAUGAGGCUGAGAAUUUCUGUAGGAGACACGGUGACUGGUACCUGAAGGCUAAGAGCAUCACCCAUCCAAAAGUGAAGGGGGCUGCAGGUGAAACCCUUCACCAUGGGAUCCUCUGGCUUUUCCUGGAUCCUUUCCAAAUCUAUCAUGCAGAUGUUAGCGGCCUUCCUGCUCCUUCUGCUCAGUUUCCUCGAAAAGUGAUCACGAAUGAGAUCCACUGUGCUGUGGAAAUAGCAAACGUCAUGAAAGAAGAAAUGAAAAGACUCCAAGGGAACCCUCCCUCCAACAUAGCUCCAGACAUGCUGGCAAUGUUCCAAGAGACUUCCUACGAGGAAGCCAUGUGUGCCCAGGCUCUGCCUGGUGUGUGUGAGAUCAAGGCUAACCUGACACUGGAACAAAUAGCCUGCUGUGUGGCAGAGAAAUGCCACAGCCUGUUCCAUGAUGGCUAUCUGCCCCAAGACAUUGCAAUUCUGUACAGGAGAGGGGAAGACAGAGGACGGUAUAAGGACAUGCUGCUCAGAGCAAUGGCUCAGGGAACAGCAGAGGUUUCAUUCAGCAGCGCUGCUGACGUUUGUAGUGAUGGAAUAAUUUUAGACAGCGUUCAGCAGUUUUCAGGCAUGGUCAGGAACAUUGUGUUUGGGCUUAGUCCCGAAUGUGUGCGGUCAGACGGGGCUCAUAAACUCUGCUUUGCCUCAAGAGCUAUUAAACAUCUCUACUUGCUGUAUGAAAGGAGGACGGCCUUCUGAUGACUAUUGCAAAUAACACAGGAAGCUAUACAAGAGCAACCUCUCCUCCCAGAUGGGUGGUAGCUACUUCCUUUUUUAUAUUACAAGUGAAGAAAUGAAGACACAUCGUUAUAUGCUGGAGCUACAGCAGGUUUUUUUUUUGUUGUUGUUGUUGGUUUUUUUUUGAUGGGUCACUAGCUAUGGCUGUGCCCUUUCAUUCACUCCUGGACAGUGACAAGAUAAGUACAAUUGGUUCCCUAUCUCCAGUUUUCCUAACUCAAUCCAGCUUUCAUUCUGUCAUUGAAAGAUCCUAAAAGAGAAAGCAAAUUUUAUGAAAUUCUCUGCUCCACGGAGUUCCUGAAGCCUUUGGAUGGAAUCAGUCCCCAAGGCUUUCUAUGGUGCUUGCUCCUCUCCUGACCCCAUCCUGGAUCAUGCUUCCAUCUCCAUGCACUCUGGUCUUGUAGCUAUAUUGGGAGUGAUGGUAGGAUAUCCUUGAGACCAAUUACUUGGACUGGGUGUCUUGAGGGCAGCAGCUAGACCAGCAUCUGAUACUGUCUGUGGGGCUCAAGCUUCACAGGUCCAAACUUGAUUUCCCUUUUUUCACAAAGUGUACAUUGGUCUCUUGGAGUUGACAUUCUGCUAAGCAAGGACAGAAGACAAACACAUGAGUGAAAAUGUCACUCUGUUAGUUUAGAGUGUGAACUGUAUUAACCAGUGGGCUAGGGGUGUUUUGCUAAUCUGUACAUUCAUCGAGAACAUAGGAAGCCAUGUGGUGUGAGCAGAGUCUUACAGUAAGAACAGAUAGAGGGACAGCCUGGACCUAGUGUCUGGCUAUUCUCUCCCUCUCUUUCUCUCUAUCUCUCCUCCAUCUUCUCUUUCUCUCCCUUAAUAUGGUAGAUAAUGCAUUUAGUGUAAUAAAAUAACCAAGAUAAAGAGUUGCUUAUGGUAUGACGCUCUUAAAACAUUGUUAAAAGAGGGCAACAGAAUAUGAUC